CAGCAGCGCCCUCCCCUCCCGACCCGCCGCCGGGCACGCGGAGAACUUGACCAGGUCUUGGAUUGGCAUCGCCUGGUCCCCCUCACCUGGGCCCGUGUCGCUGCGCAGACUCCUCGUCUUGGAGAACAGAGAAGGGCACCGGCUCUCUUGUUGUGUAAACUGACCACAGCCUCCAGUGGAGGGGGCCUUGGGGGGCUAUCCCAUGUGGAAUCUGGAAAGCAUGUGCAGGAAUCAGAGUGCAAGAUGAGCCUCAGGUGGUGCCCCCUUGAGAAACAGAGGGCUCCUGUGGACGGAGCAUCCUUGGAGCAAGAGGAGGUCAUCAGCUUCCUCCUGGACAUGGGUUUCAGUGGUGUCCAUGCUCACGAACUGCUCAGCAUACGACCAGGGACCCCCCAUCAACAGUUGCUGGACAUCGUUUCAGAAUUAAUACUCCUGGGUGUGAAUCCAGAGCCUGUGUACGUGGCCCUGAAGAAGAGUCCUCAGUUACUGAAGCUGCCCGUGAUGCACGUGAAGAAGCGCGCUGAUUACCUGCGGAAGCUGGGGCUUGGAGAAGGGAGACUGAAGAAGGUGCUGCACUGUUGCCCCGAAGUUUUCACCAGGCGCCACCAGGACCUCGACGGCGUCGUCAGGGUUCUCAGGGAGAAGUGCCUGUUCACAGCCCAGCAGGUGACUGAGAUUCUGCACAGGUGCCCCCAUGUUCUGCGGGAGGAUCCCGGUGAGCUGGAGUACAAGUUCCAGUUGGCCUCAGCUGAUGAGCGCUGCCUCGGUGUGGCGUGUCUCAUGUCUCGUUUCACCUGUCACGUCCACCUUCCCCUGGAGGUACUGAAGAGACCAGGUUGCCAGUCCCACGGAGCUCCCUCCUCGACCUGCCUUACUGCCCCCUUGGGGCACUCUUCAUCUCCACCUGUGUUUCCUGUAAGCUGGUCACUGGUGAAGGGGCCUCCCAGGGUCCAGUGCCAUGUCCUUGCAAGUCUGCUUUCCAUGGAGGCCAUAUACCUUCAGCACGUCAGGAGGUGUGAAGGUGGGUCCCUGGUUCAGCACUGGCAGCUUGUUGAUGCAGAAUGGAGAUCCCUGCUUAGGGCCCAGAUCCAUCAACUCACAAGGGACACACCUAGUUUCCAAUGGCCCACAGUCAAGGUUCUGCUUCCCCUGACUCACUCCAUGGUCACCGGAAACGCCCUCCCCACCACAGGCAAGGCCAGUGUCAACUUGUGCCUGUUCUUUCCUUGCCUUGUGCCCUUGUAGCAGGAGCCUGGCCUCACGUGCUUGGAAGCUGAGCAGCACGCUCUGCUCAUGGGGCCUCAUGUGUUUGGUGGUUCCCUCUGCUGCUGUUGGUGUCCUGGUCUUAGGCCAGUGGGA